AUGGACGAUUGUCCUGAGACUCCCUAUGAGAUCUCCGCGGAGCCUGGUGUGGACUCACCAGGCGUUGAGUCGGGAGACCCACCGCCACCCCCAACACGAGUCGAUUCUGCUGCAUCUUACGAGAGCCUUGAUCGGCAUCGGCGACGAAACCCCCGAACAAGGCGUCCAGUGAAGGAAACGCUGGACGCUCGCUCCCAAUAUACGACAAGCCAGGAUGACGGCACAGCUGAACACCAUAUCAAUCAAUACCUUAUCAAGCAAGAAAUUGGACGAGGAUCCUUUGGCGCGGUCCAUUUGGCGGCUGACCAGUAUGGAAAUGAAUAUGCAGUGAAAGAGUUUUCCAAAUCCCGACUUAGGAAACGUGCACAAUCGCAUAUGCUGCGACGACCACGAGGGCCACGGCGACAUGGCACCGGUCUGAAUCUACCCAAUUCGCCAUUGCACCGCAAUCCGUCUGAAGACGACAACGAGAAUGCGAAAAACCCGCUUUAUCUGAUUAAGGAGGAGAUUGCGAUCAUGAAGAAGUUGAAUCACAACAACUUGGUAUCGCUGAUUGAAGUGUUGGACGAUCCGACCGAAGACUCUCUCUAUAUGGUCAUGGAAAUGUGCAAGAAGGGCGUUGUGAUGAAAGUUGGCUUGGAGGAACGGUGUGACCCAUAUGACGACGAGCUCUGUCGAUGCUGGUUCCGCGAUUUAAUUUUGGGAAUUGAAUAUUUGCACGCGCAGGGCAUUGUGCACCGCGACAUCAAACCGGACAAUUGUCUAGUUACCAGUGACGACGUGCUCAAGGUGGUCGAUUUUGGUGUUUCGGAAAUGUUUGCAAAGGACUCGGACAUGUACACGGCCAAGUCUGCUGGCUCUCCUGCGUUUCUGCCACCUGAGUUAUGCGUGGUGAAGCACGGCGAUGUCUCGGGAAAGGCAACGGAUAUCUGGUCUAUGGGCGUGACUCUUUAUUGUCUGAGAUACGGGAAGUUGCCUUUCGAGAAAGCAAGCAUUUUUGAACUGUAUGAGAGCAUCAGAAGCGACCCGGUGAUAUGCGAGGAUGAGUCGGACGAGCGUUUCACGGACUUGAUGAACCGUCUCUUAGAGAAGGACCCAUCAAAGCGAAUUGACAUGCCUGGUUUGCGGGAACACCCCUGGGUAACAAUGAAUGGAGUCGACCCUCUUCUGUCCGAAGAAGAAAAUACAGCUCAUAAUGUUGAGCCGCCAACCGAGGAGGAAAUGAAUGCCGCCAUCACUAAAAGUAUAGGACAUGUCAUGACACUGAUGAAAGCUGUCAAGAACUUCAAGCGUUUGGUUGAUCCAAACAAAGCCGCCCCUGCUAUGCAAAGUAUUCUUGGUGGAGAUCAUGAAGCCCACUUUGUCGAGCCACCUAUGGAAAUGGAUCCGGAUGACGAGUUUCCGGCCGUCGGACUGGAUGAAAGUGUUUCAUCUGGCCACGGGUCAGGAGGUCUCCGGAAGGUUCUAGGGCGACACCCUAUACUUGCUGGGCCAGAUCGUCGAGACAACUCAUGGACAAGCGAUUCAGCGAGCUCGUCUCGACCAUGUCAUAGCCCUGUUGGUAGCAAACGACCCAGUGGGGUCUUUGAGCCAGAACGGAGAGAUUCCGGGUCAAUACGCAGUGGUAGGUCCCCGGCUGGUUUCGGACAUGAGGCAAGGCAAUCACAGUCGGGAUCCCCACUGCCAGCAUCCCGAGCCAGCUCCGCGACUACCAAACGGAGUGUUGAAGGCACUCGGGGUCAUGCGCGGGAUCCCUUGGAGGAGGAGUUCCCUUAUCUUCACAUUGGGCCAUCCACAUACACGGGUUCUUCACAGGAACCCACUGAUCUCAACAUUGGAAGUGAUCCGGCACCUCUUGUUGCUGAGCCAGAUAGCAUGGGGGAUGAUCUGGAGGCAGACUCGGUCGGUCCCGUGCAUAUUGUCAGCGAAUCACCCGGAGCAGCUGAGUUCGAUAUUUACGACACGGCUUAUCGACAGGAACUCGAGCGGAUCAAUGCCAACUCGAGUCACACUAGCCCCGGUGUCGGUCCGAGGGUAUACCUGACACGACGCAUCGAGAACAAAGAUGAGGUGAUGAACUUUGCCAAAGAAAAGGCGAUUGACUUGCAGACUGGGACCAGAAAGUUUUUCACCUCGCCAGCAGCCAAGGGCCCGUCCUCAACGUUCAGUGCAGCUGUGAGCUUGCUUCGGAACCAGAUAGAGCAGAAGAAAGAAGCGGAUAGCAAGGAGACUCCACCGCCAGAAGAGCAAGAACAGCUGGCUGAGGCUCUUGCUGAGGCUGCAGCUGAGGCUCCGGCUGAGCGACGGGGAUCCAAUACACCUUCAUCAUCGAUCCUGUCGCAAUCCAAUCCAGAUCCCGAAGCGUCGUCGUUUGAGGCGACGGGAGUGCCUGUCCCAGAACCUCCCACUGGAGAAGACUCCCGAGCUCAGUUGCGACGACUUCUUGGUCGAGCUCGUGGGAAAAUGGGGGAAUAG